GCGCGUGUUUGUGUAUAGUGUAUGUGUGUAAGUGAGCGUGUGUGUGUUUGUGCAGCGCUGUGUGGAGAGCAAGUCGAGAUACAGUAGUAACCCAGAGUGAGGUGACAGUCUUAUUCCACAUCGACACUGACUUGACCUGCAUACAUCCUAUCUUUCUCUAUAUCGCAGAGCGGACUUGAGGAGUGAAAGAGGAAAGAGUCACGAUGGCAUCUGAAAGUGGCCGUGGACAAUCCGGGAUCUAGUCUAUUCGUUUUUUUUUUUUUUGGUACCACAGAGCACAAGUGACUAGCCGUGCAAGGCGUUAAUAACUAAGUUGCUCGUGGCCCUGUUAGGAUUUCGCUGGUGUGGAAUAGCAACAAAGGAGGGGAGCGCGCAUUAAUGGGACGCGACUUUGACAGCUCCUCAUUUCUUGUCUUGUAACUUUAUUACCUGGCAGCGGGGGCGAGAUUGUGACUGGAGUAGGAGAUAAUGGCUGAAGCUUCUCUUUCCGACUUGGACGUGGUCAUCGACCCGGACUUCGAGCCCCAGAAGCGGCCCAGAUCUUGCACCUGGCCGCUGCCACGACCAGACUCGAACGCGGUGAAACCGGAGAGCAAUGACACAGAUAUUAUACCUGAGGAAGAGGAUGAUGAAGAAGACGAUAAUGCCACCCAAACGGCCAUCGGUGUCAAUGGCUCUGGCUUGGCGACAGAGGACCAGAGCAGCAACAGCCCCGUGGCCGAUGGAGCGCUCUCCUCCCCCGGCCAGGAGAGCGGAGGCUCCCCGCUUUCCGCACACUCCCCAACGGCCACCUCUGGCGCGCUGACCAGCAGUAGCUUGGCUGCCCAGCAGACCCCGAGGAAAGCAUCAUCUCGCCGUAACGCCUGGGGGAAUCUCUCCUACGCCGACCUGAUAACCAAAGCCAUUGAGAGCGCGCCGGACAAGAGACUGACACUGUCUCAAAUUUAUGACUGGAUGGUGAGAUCCAUCCCCUACUUCAAAGACAAAGGCGACAGCAACAGCUCUGCAGGAUGGAAGAACUCCAUCCGGCACAAUCUUUCCCUCCACAGCCGCUUUAUCCGUGUCCAGAACGAGGGAACAGGGAAGAGUUCCUGGUGGAUGAUCAACCCAGAGGGAGGGAAGGGUGGCAAGGCUCCUCGCCGCCGUGCAGUCUCCAUGGACAACAGUAACAAGUACACUAAGUCAGCCCGUGGCCGUGCUGCCAAGAAGAAGGCAGCUCUGCAGGCAGCAGCCGCUGUAGGUGGAGAAGGCGGCGGAGACAGUCCUUCAGGUCUUUCCAAGUGGCCUGGAAGCCCAACGUCACGCAGCAGCGAGGAGCUGGACGCCUGGACAGACUUCCGUUCCCGCACUAAUUCCAACGCCAGCACACUGAGCGGUCGCCUCUCACCCAUUCUGGCCAACCCUGAGCUGGACGAGGUGCCUGAUGACGAGCCUCCUCUCUCACCUAUGCUCUACUCCAGCCCUGGCAGAGCGCUGUCUCCCAGCAACGCCACAACCAACGGGAAGGCUGUGCCGCCUGAGCUGCCCCGCCUGGCAGACCUGGCAGGUACAAUGAACCUGAAUGACGGACUCACAGAUGACCUGAUGGAUGAGUUGCUGGAUAACAUCAACCUGCUGCCAACCGUCUCAGUACCCACCGCUCCAAAUGGUUCCUUAGGGUUCAAUUUUGGGUCCAAACCCAACGGGCUAUGCUCACCUUCCUCCACCUCCUCUCCCUCCACUAACACAUCUUCUAACGGUGGAGUUAAUGGUUACAGUAACUCCAUCUUUGGCCCCCACACGACUGUCUCCUCUCUGCGUCCAUCUCCCAUGCAGACUAUCCAGGAGAACAAGCAGACCUCUUUCUCCACUAUCAGUCUGUCUCGCUUUGGCAGCCAGACACUACAAGACCUGCUCAACUCUGACAGCCACAGCCACAGUGAUGUCAUGAUGACCCAGUCUGACCCACUGAUGUCACAGGCCAGCGCCGCAGCCGUCAUUUCCAAGAACUCUCGCCGUGGACUCAUGCUCCGUAAUGAUCCCGUAAUGACUUUUGGGACCGCUGGAGGACUUCAGGGCAGCCAAGGGGAGAUACUGCAAAGUAACAACCACAACCAGAGCUCCCUAAGGCCUUUAAACGGAGGCCUGAACCUAGCCAAUGAGGCUAACGCUCUGGCUAAUGCCAAGCAGCAGCUCCUACUCUCACCCUUGGGAGGAAAUGGUUCCUCUUCCAUGCAGAUUGACACCUCGAUCUUCCUAAACGGAACAGUUAGCGGCAGCGGAGGGAUCUGCCAGGACCGUUUUCCUACAGAUCUGGACCUGGACAUGUUCAACAGCAGCCUGGAGUGUGAUAUGGACUCCAUCAUCAGGAAUGAACUGAUGGACGCAGAUGGCCUGGACUUUAACUUUGACUCUCUGGCCAACAUGAACGGGGUCAGCAACUUCAAGAGCACCAAGCAGAACUCUCAGAGCUGGGUACCUGGAUGAGAGGGUCAGGAGAGAGGAGCAGAGCAGGUCUGAACUGUGUAGUGCAAGAGAAGAUCAGACACAAAACAUCCUUUUUGCCAAACCUGCCAUCAGCACAACGUAAAAUACGAACCCUGUGUUUACAGAAGAAGACUUCCUCUCAAGAGCUUUACCUUCGCUCCCACACUGGUGAACCAUGAACAAUCCGACAGACUGUAGAGAUACUGCACAUCAGCCCUCAAAGCAUCCUAUCAACAACAACAAAAAAGAAAGCUAUGUCAAACUCACAAAUCUUAGAAUUAUGCAAUUUUCCUUUGACACCCAGUCUGUUGAUAUCAAAGAAACACUGCUUUAUCAGAAGGGGUUUCAGGUGGAAUACAACGACUAAAUAUCACGCAAAGAUUGAAGGAGUGCACGGUGCAGUUGUUCCCGUUGAAGACAAAAGAAGAAGACUAAACUGAAAAAAUCAAGAUGUGUUGUAAAUCUGAUUCAGGGGUUUCCUGGGAUGUUAUGUUGAAAAAAGAAUUUCCCUCUGUUCUCACUUAGUGAUUUUAAAUAUUCAGUGUUUGUUUUUUUGGAAUUCCUGUUUUAUCAUAAUCAUUUCUGCAUCAUACAUGUCUUUACAAAAAGAAUUGGUGUAUUGAUGAAAUGAAAAGAUGGAAAUGGAGUAUCUUACUGGCUGAGUGGCCACGCAUACAGUACAUGCAAACACACAAACCGACAAACCUAAACCCUUUGCCCCAGUUUGCAAAACUUCCGAAACCUUAGAAAUUAGAUAUUCUCAAUUUAAUGCCAUGCACUUCCAGUUUUAUUCUUAUGAAUUGCUUGAAAUCAAUUAAACGCUGCAUAAUGAGGGUUAUAUUACAAUUAGCUGAAUAUUACAAAAAUAUUUGCUAUCUUGUGUGUAUAUCUAACUAUAAUUAAAAAUAUGAAAAAUGACUAGAGGAAGUACAUCUCUGUUACGGAUAUUUGUACAGUGCAGGGCAGUGUAAAGUUCCAGAGGAGGAGGUAAGAUCUUGUCUGUCUUUUCUUAGAUUUCUUAACUUCUGGUGACUUCUGUUGAGGUUGUUUAUCACUGCAUAUAUGUAGCCAAAAUGGAUACCUGUGUCCUAGGGUUGUGAACAUGUCCACACCAUUACAGGUGCUAUGUAAACAGUGUUGAAUCCUGCCCUGAGAGCAAGCCGUGCAUUUUGUUUGUUCGUAUUGUUUUCCGUUUUUACCCAUGACCUGCAGAAACCCAAAGCUGCAGCCACUUGUAGCACAGCGAGGUUGAACCUGUAGACGGCAGCGGCGGCGGGGGGUGAGAGGAGCAGGGUUUUAGGCUCAUUCCUCUAGAAGCCAUUUGUUUCUCGAAUAAAAACAAUAAGCUAUCUCUGUAUAUUGCCAAAUUACUUGAAACAAAUAGUAGGAUAUGCUGGCAGCCAAAUCACAGCACAUACUGUACACACACAUGCACACACAUAGAAGAAAUAAUACCAGGGAUUUGUGUUAAGCUCUGCUGUUUUCUUGUCAUGAGCUUGUGGGGCUUCUUAUGCAUAUAUAGAAUCACUCAGGGGGGAAAAGGGAGGCUUCCCUUUUAAGUAACAUCAAGUCACAUUCUAAUGGUAUUUUAACAUUUCUUGAUAAAAACAGUAAAAUUUUGUGUUCGUGAACUUGUUACCUGUGAACUUUUGGCCGUCAAGAUGAAGAAGAUAGAUAAAUUUCAGGAUUAAGACUUCACGCGGUCUGUUAUUUUUUGUUUUUGCUGUCAUUGUUUUGUUUUCUUUCUCUUGUUGGACUUGUGACACACAUACACACACCCCUCAUGGACACGCCUCGUGCUCCUGCAGGUGACCUCCUGUAUCUCCUGAGUACAUGUUAAUGUGUGUGUGUGCGUGCGCGAGUGUUUAUCUGUGGAGUUUAUUUCUGUUGAAUUAAUCUCACGAGAACGUGUAAUCCCUCACUAACCCAUCAUGGUGCAUACAGCACAGCAGACUGUAUGCAUGUUUGUAUUUAUGCAUUAUGAAUUGUGUGAAAUGCAUAUAUACUCGCUGUUUGUACUUAUAUACUCAUGUAGUACUUGACCCUUGACCCUUGGAUUUUGUGAUACCUCUGAAGGUAAAGUUGAAGAAAUAAUGAACAACGUUACACGCCCGGUGGGAGGGAACACUGUUACCAGCUAAUUAAUUGUUGAACCAGAUUUGGAAAAUGGUGGAAAGCACCAUUGUUGUAGCAUCUGGACACCCUGGUAUCUCUUCUCUGUCUAGGGUAGCGAUAUGAAGUGUAUGCCCCGCUGUGUAUAAUAGUGUACAGAUGUGUGUAUAUCACUUUGAGGCCAAGGCAGAAGAAUAUGUGCAUGGUUGGCUAGAAUGAUCUACUGUGCUAUCUAAGGUUUAGUGCAUGACCUAGCUGUACCCUUAGACCCUUCCAAUGGUGCCGUCCUGCGACAGAAAUUGUAAUACAGAGAGAAACCCUGUGUCUUCAGCACUCAAAACACACACACUUUCUAUUUUUAAAAUCAGGGCUUUACAGAGCAGAACUUGCACCAUCCUCCCGCAUUAAUGGGUUAAUUAUUAGGAGUGUGUGUACACAUUGUGGAAGACACAGGGAAAGCCUCUUUAACGGACGUUCCUCAGCUUCACACUUGUUUUAUUCCAUGUGGAGUACAGCAGGUUCACGUCCUGGUGCUCUCAGUGAGCGUUUGGUCAUAACUUUGAUGUGGUUAAAGUCAUUGUUUUGGUCAUCUGACAAUAAGCUGGAAUUUCCUACACACUCGUCUAAAAAUGUCCAGAGCAUUUUCACAUGUCUUUUGGCAGGGGGAAUCCUGAGCCAUCACCUGAAUUGCUAAGCAUUUGAAUUCAUCUACACUGACCGUACUAAGUAUUAGGAGCGCUUUACUCCUCCUGUGAAGAUGACUGACAAGGUAAAUCCAGGGAACCCUGUAAUCCUUUUUUAUUCAAAGAGGGGUUAUUGAUCCUUGAUCAACUGCAAAUCUCAAUCGCAGGAAGGUGUUCCUUACAUUUUGUACAGUUUUGUUCAGUGUAAAAUGUUUUGGCUCUUUGGGGAGAUAGUUUACACUUUGUCAUAGUGGAGCAGGCCUUCCACACAACCACUCAGUGCUACUGCUUCAUUCAGGCACAGAUUAUCUCCUCUUGUGCCCAACACACACACACACACCUGCAGCACAACACGUGCAACUUUAAAGCUAAGAAAAGCAAAAAAAUAGAAGAAACAUACCACUAGAUACCUUAAUCAUCUCUUGGUCGUUUCCUUUUCAUUAUCUUCUCUUGGACCCUUUCCAUCCUUGUUUAGAGGCCCAGGCCAGCUCCCAUCCAAACGCCCUCUGAACUUUGCCCUUUGAAUUUUGCCCUUUAUUAAUCUUGCUUCUUCUCGAUUUGAUGUUAGUGGGUAUUUUUCCUGUGUAUUCCAUUUUGAAUUGUAAUCUAGUUUGUAUAAGAAAUGGUGCGCAUGUAAAUAAAGCUUGGUGAGGCUCUACACCCUUUCCAUG